CUAGCGAUCCCUCUAACCUGGCGAUGAACAUUCAAUGGCAAUCGACAACAGAUCUUCCCUCUCAAGGAGUAGUCACGAAUUCAUGUGAUGUUCCUCCGACUUACGCUACGGCAGAACCUCAACUUGGCAUUCGUCGUGUGAACAGUGAUCCAGGACCUGCCAGCGCCGGUUGGGGAGGUCCAUACUCUUCCAUGUACCAAGAAUUCUCAAGCUCACACAACCCUAUGCAAGAGUCGCAAAUGUUCGAACAGCCAGCCGUCCAGCAGUUCCCACAACCAGGCUGGUUGCUAUGCGGCCAGCCACGCUCCCAAUCGUGUGACUUUCCGGAUCAUGAUUCGAGUCUUCAACAAGAGUUUACCAUGAAUGCUCCACAGGAAGCUCAACACAAUCGAGGUGAGAUAUAUAGCAGUAUUGAAGGCACUUCUGCUAACAAUCGAACAGUCUAUCCAUAUCCAGCACAGCAGUUCAUGUCAGAUGAGUUUGGUCCAGCGCGGCCGAUCGCGCAUGGACCAACAGGAGCGAUUUCGGCCGCCAAGGAUCAAAUCACGACAGGCCACUUCCAACGAUCAGAUAAGAUCAUUCUCUAUCCAUCUACCCUCGGUUUCCCAAACCACGACUUCAACAUGACGACUUUAGCAUCAUCACAGCCACAACCCUCGCCCUUCUACCCCAGCACCGUCCAAGAUGGCCCUCCUGUCGCUGGAUUCCGUCCGGCUGGAGAAGGCGCCCCUCAGCUGAAGAGGGGUUUUGGCUCGGUCGACAGCGCAAUGGACGAGCAGAUCCCAGCCUUGAAGCGUCCCCGCAACGACUCGACGGUCAACAAUGGGCCGCUCAGCAAGGAAGUCGUCCUCAUAUCUCGACCAAAGCCUGGCCGCAAGCCCAUGGCCGACCAGAACGACUCGACCGACAAGCGGAAGAACCAGAACAGGCAGGCACAACGCAACUUCCGCGACCGUCGUGCUCAGAAGUGCCAAGAUCUUGAGAUAGAGAAUGCUCAGCUCAAGGCAGACGUGGCAGACUCUGAAGCCCAGCGGUCUGCCUUACUUGAGCAGCUGAGACAGCGCAACGCCGAGAAUGCAGGCCUCGUGGCCAGAGAAGGAGAUGCUGUUGCUGGGAAGGCUCAAGCCGACCUCGAGCUCCGCCAGGCCAAAGAGCGCAUCAUGGAGCUGCAGAGGGAACUUGAUGCUGCCAAAGUCCAUCAUGCCAACGCCCAUGCUUCUCACCCUCAGCGUUCUGUUGUUCCAAACUUUGUUUCAUCUGUUCAUCAAAUCCUCACGCCACCGUCAGACAACGAUCCGCACGACGAGUAUGAAGUUGAUUUCACUAACAUCUAUGCAACUCGCAAACCAUCUGCGUUUGCAUCUGGACUUGGUACAGACGAACACUGCGGUUUCUGCAGUGACGUCGAGAACUGCAUCUGUCGUCAGCAAGAAGAGCUCAACAACAAANAAGCCCCCCCCAAUCUUCCGCCUAUUGACUUAUCGCGUGCUACCGCUCAACCGAAACUGCCCUCUGAUAUCUCCACCCCCAGUUUUCUUGAGGCGCGAACCGAAGCUUCUGGUCCUGGUACCUGCGACAUGUGUCUAGCUGACCCUGAAAAGGCAAGACAAUGCAGAGAGCUUGCUGAAGUUGCUUUCCAACAAAAGGAGGCCGCGUCAUCUCGCUCUGGGGAUUCUGGCUCCAAGGACAUGGGUACUGUCACCCUUCGACGUAUCAAGCAGCUUGACUCAGCAAAACACAAUGAGCGAACCUCGUGCUCUGACUUCUUUCAACAAGCACAGCAGAAGAACGUCAGGCUCAGACGAGACGACUACCAGCAAAUCAAGCAUGUGUAUCGUCUCGACGGUCGAUCCGAGCAUUCUCCUUACAUGGAGAUGGAUACUCGGGACGCUGCUCAUGCUUUGGCUGCUCUUUCGCGACAAGACACCAGAUCUGGAAUGGACCGUCAAUCU